AUGGCUCUGGGCGGUUCUACAUUCUUGCAGAACGCCACUAUGCUGGAACAAUUAUUGGAGGAGAUUAAUUUCCAGCGCACGAAGGAAAUGCGUCAGUUGAUGAAGGAUGAUUCCGGGUUCGUGGUGCUUCAAGGGACUACUUAUUGGACAGAUCUUUUCGUGAGGCAUUUCCUAUUCCAAGAAGAGCAAUCCAUCGACUGUGAUGAUCUACUGUUCUUUGUUCGUAAGCGUCACGUCAAAGGCUCGUCGCGUUAUUUACCUAAAUACGAGACGGACGUGGAGGUGUUUCGGAAGGACUCCAAGAAGCUGCCCAUCGGAGACCCGGAGAUCGAUUGGGAGGAGACCGUCUAUCUGAACCUGAUCGUGCACCAGUUCGACUAUACGCUCACGCUGGCCAUCUGCACCCGCACCAGCCCCAAGGAGCUGCAGGUGCUGAAGCGGCACUCUCAGAAGGUGAGCGUCAUACCCGCUCCGGUGGCGGGGAAUUCGGCGGCGGGCGGGCUUGUCACUAGCUGA